AUGUACCGUCGCGGGUCCAACAUGAGCGAGGCCAGCUUCAUGGAAGAUGUCGAGAUGGCACAAGACGAGGUAUACGAACUCGGCCCCAUGCCGCGACCCUCCCGCCGACCUCAGGGCAGCUCGAGGCAGCCAGGAACCCAGCUGACGCCCAAAAUCCAGGUCUUCUCCGGUCCCAUGUCCGAAAGCGUGCCCACGAGCGUGUCCGCCUUUUCGCAUCGCCGCCAGAGAGCAGAUUCGAGCGCCAGCUUGACGAGCUUUGCGUACUACGACGAGGACCAAGACUCAGAUGGCUUGGAGGAUGAAGCCAUCAUCGAGGAGGAUGGCGAGUAUGAGGGAUACACGAUAGAAGAGCUGGAAGAACUCGAGGCCGGCAUCUCGUCGCAAUCGUCCACGACCAUGUCACCCUCACCAUCGCGGCGGAAUUCGACGGGCAGCAGAAAGAGCAGGAAGUCGGUGGACCGGCCGUUGCUGCGACGGCACUCAUCUACGGGCAGCGCAGGGUCAGGCGCCGACUGGAAGGGACGGCGGUCGAACCAGAAGAUCUACAUCAUGACCGAGGACCUGACCAUUGUGGUCGCUGGCUUCAACACGUCGCCCGUCGGCUUCGCUGUGUAUUCCGUGCUCUGCGUUGCAACGCUCGGAAUCGCCUGGUUGCUGUUCAGAUGGCUGCCAAGAUGGAGGGUGUGGCUCACGGGCAGGAGCAUCCCGUUGAAAGACUGCGACUGGGUCGUCAUCGAGAACCAAUGGGGUGAAUUUGCUGUGCAGAAUGUCGACAGACAAAUAUACGGCCGCUCGCUGUCCACCGUCUUUGGCGACACUGAGAAGAGUCGCUUCCAAGAAUGGGACGAGGACGAUGACCCGCUGAUCAAAGAGUUGCGCUGUCUGGACUACCGCUAUAUCCGCUUUGUGCACCACCCGCUCAAAGACAAGUUCGUCCUCGCCAACACGUGGAAGGACCCCGCUUGGACCGAAGUGACAGCUCUCCGUGAUGGUCUGGACAACGAAGAGCGUGACUAUCGCGAGCUCGUCUUCGGCAAGAACCUCAUCGACAUCGCCGAGAAGACGACCGGCCAGCUUUUGGUUGAUGAGGUCUUCCAUCCAUUCUACAUCUUCCAGGUCGCCAGUCUGCUGCUUUGGUCGCUUGACGAGUACUACUACUACGCCUGCGCCAUCUUCAUCAUCUCAGCCGUCAGUAUCGUCACGACGCUUGUAGAGACCAAGGCGACAAUGAAACGUCUGCGGGAGGUGUCGCGCUUCGACUGUGAGGUUCGAGUGCUGCGCAGUGGCUUCUGGACGCAUGUUGAUUCCGCAGAACUUGUGCCCGGAGAUGUCUACGAAGUCACCGAUCCGGCGCUCACACAAUUUCCAUGCGACAGUCUGCUACUAUCUGGAGACUGCAUUGUCAACGAGAGUAUGCUGACUGGCGAGUCUAUCCCCGUUUCAAAGGUUCCCAUGACGAAUGCUGCGCUGGACCAUCUUGACUUGAGUGCCUCAGCCGUACACCCCGAGGUAGCCCGUCACAUGCUCUUCAGCGGCACUAAGAUCAUUCGCGCACGCAGGCCGCAUGAGGAUCACAUCGACGAUGAGGCCGCCGCUCUCGCAAUGGUUGUACGCACGGGCUUCAACACCACCAAGGGCGCGCUUGUCCGCUCCAUGCUCUUCCCCAAGCCAUCUGGAUUCAAAUUCUACCGCGACUCCUUCCGCUACAUUUCCGUCAUGGCAGUCAUUGCGAUGAUUGGCUUUGUUGCAUCCUUUAUCAACUUUGUACAUCUCGGUCUUGCAUGGCACUUGAUCGUCGUUCGCGCUCUCGACCUGAUCACUAUUGUCGUACCGCCUGCGCUUCCCGCCACCCUAACCAUUGGAACUAGCUUUGCCCUAUCGCGUCUCAAGCAAAAGCAAAUCUUCUGCAUUAGCCCACAGAGAGUCAAUGUUGGCGGGAAGCUUGACGUGGUUUGCUUCGAUAAGACAGGCACACUGACUGAGGAGGGACUCGAUGUGUUGGGUGUUCGGGUGGUUGAGCGACCGAGGAACAGGUUCAGUGAACUCCUUGCCGACCCAUACGACAUCCUUCCUAGCUCGCAGCACGACCGCGACCCGACAGUGGAAUACUCGGCACACAAGACCAUCCUGUACACCAUGGCUACUUGCCACGCACUUCGCAAGAUUGACGAUGAACUCCUUGGUGACCCGCUCGAUGUCAAGAUGUUCGACUUUACCGGCUGGAGCUACGAAGAGGGCGAGCAGAAGUCUGGUAACAAUGACGACGACCCUGAGCAAAAACUUACGCCAUCUGUCGCACGACCGCCACCAGGUCGAGAGUUUGACAUUGACGACAACGAGGAUGACCAGAACAGAAAAGCCAUCGAGCUUGGUGUACUCAAGUCAUUCGAGUUCGUGUCCCAGCUCCGACGAGCCAGCGUUGUUGUACGACAAUUCGGAUCUAAGAGUGGCUCAAUCUACGUCAAGGGUGCGCCCGAAGUGAUGAAGGACAUCUGCCGUCCAGAAACCUUCCCCACCGACUACGAGGAGCUGCUAGCAUUCUACACCCACCGCGGGUUCCGUGUCAUUGCAUGCGCCACCAAGACCAUCCCCAAGCUAAACUGGCUCAAGGUGCAAAAGAUGAAGCGCGAUGAGGCCGAAAGCCAGCUCGACUUUGUCGGUUUCAUCAUCUUCGAGAACAAGCUUAAGCCCAGCACCGCGCCCGUGAUCGAGGAGCUCGAGCGCGCUAACAUCCGUAAAGUCAUGUGCACUGGCGAUAACAUCCUAACUGCCAUCAGUGUGGCCCGCGAGUGCGGCCUUAUCAACAAGACUGCGCAUUGUUUCAUACCGCACUUUGUAGAGGGCGACUCUAGGACAGCACUGUCUCGCCUGGCUUGGGAAUCCGUUGACGACCCUGUGUUCAAGCUCGAUGAGAACACCUUGAAGCCACUACCUCCGCCGCCCGAUGUCGAUGUCUCGCUCCCAUACGAUGUCUCUAAUCUCCGCAAUUACAGCCUCGCAGUCAGUGGCGACGUAUUCCGCUGGGUCGUUGACUUCGCCUCGGAAUCUGUCCUACGUGAGAUGCUAGUCUGUGGCCAAGUCUUCGCUCGUAUGUCCCCCGACGAAAAGCACGAACUCGUCGAGAAGCUACAAUCCAUCGACUACUGCGUCGGUUUCUGCGGUGACGGCGCAAACGACUGUGGCGCCCUCAAAGCCGCCGACGUAGGCAUUUCUCUCUCCGAAGCAGAAGCCUCCGUCGCUGCGCCCUUUACCUCCCGCCAAUUCGACAUCUCCUGUGUCCCGCAGGUCAUCAAAGAAGGCCGCGCCGCGCUCGUUACCUCCUUCUCCUGCUUCAAGUACAUGUCGCUCUACUCGGCGAUUCAAUUCUGCUCCGUCAGCUUCCUGUACGCCAGCGCAUCGAACCUAGGCGACUUCCAAUUUCUCUUCAUCGACUUGUUGCUCAUCCUGCCGAUUGCAAUCUUCAUGGGCUGGUCGGGCGCGUAUCCCAUUUUAUCGCGCAAACGCCCGACCGCGAACCUCGUCAGCCGGAAAGUCCUUACCCCACUGCUCGGACAAAUGGUUUUCUGCAUCAUCGUGCAGGCUGUGGCGUUCUCCUACGUCCAGAAGCAGGAAUGGUACCAACCCCCCGUCAUCGACCCCAACCACAGCAACUCGCUCAACUCCCAAAACACUGCGCUGUUUCUCGUGUCGUGCUUCCAGUACAUCCUCUCCGCCGUCGUCCUGUCCGUCGGAAAACCAUACCGCGAACCAAUGUCCCGCAAUCUACCCUUCAUCACGACCAUCUUCGUCACCCUGGCGAUCACCGCGUAUAUGCUGUUCGAUCCCAGUCAGACGGUCAUGCAGUGGAUGGAACUCACGUAUUUGGACGUGCCGUUUAAGCUGUUCAUCAUGGGGUUGGGGCUGGGGAACUUUGCGCUCGCGUAUGUUAGUGAGAGGUACUUGUUUCCCGGGUUGAGUAAGUGGAUUGGCGUGCUCAAGGUCAAGGUGAAUCCGAGGUGGAGGAAGGAGAGGAAGGCGUACAAGGUUAUUGCGGAGGGGAUGAGGAUUUGA